AUGGAUUCUGAAAAGUGUAAUUCUAUUAAAAAAAUGCGCCUAACUUCUAAGUCCCAAUUUAAUAAAAAUAUAAAACAGCAACUUGAAACUUUGGAUGUCAUAAGAAAAAACAAUACAACAUUAUCUAUUUUAUUACCUACUCAAUGUAAUCCUAGUACUGCAGCAAGUACUUCAUAUCAGCCUAAUUUUGUAGGUUUGCCAAAUGAUUUCUUUGUUGUAAAAAAUAAUGUUUCAAAUAUAUCUGGUGUUUCAUUAGAUACAUUCAUUGAAAAUGAUGAUGUUUCUUUUACAAAAUUUGUUUCAACUAGUCCAAAAUGUAGUUCAUUAAACAAUUUUGUAAAUGAUAAUGUUUUUGGAAACUCAAAAAUACCUAUUCCUGAUCAUUUGCGAGAAUGGGCUAUUAGGAAUAAAAUUUCUCAUGUUGCAUUAAGGGAAUUAUUAUCAAUUCUAAAGGAAAUACCAGAUUUAAGCAGUAUUCCAAAAGAUCCUAGGACUUUUUUAAAAACACCAAGAGAAACUAUUUUGCGUGAUAUAAAUCCUGGAAAAUACUACCAUUUUGGUUUAGAAAGUGGUCUUACAAAUAUGUUAAAAAAAGUAAAUGUUUCCAAUAUUCCUGAUGUUAUUAAUGUUGCUAUUAAUAUUGAUGGAUUGCCUCUCAGUGACUCAUCACAAAGUCAAGUAUAUCCUAUUUUGUGUUUGAUAACAAAUGUUGAUAUUUUAUUACCUUUAAAUAUAUUUUGUAUUGGUAUCUACCAUGGGUAUGAUAAACCGUCAGAUUUUAAUGAAUUGCUAGAAGAUUUUGUAAAUGAAGCUGUUAAUUUAACAUUAAAUGGUGUACACAUUGAUGAUAAAUAUUUCAGUUUCAAAAUUUCAAUGUUGUUAUUUGAUGCGGUUGCUAAGGCUAGUGUACUUCGAAUUAAGGGACAUAGUGGAUAUUCCUCCUGUUCGAAAUGUAUGCAAGAGGGAGAAUAUUUAGAUCAUGUUGUUUUUCCUGAUAUGACAUUUAAUAAAAGGACUGAUACUGAUUUUAUUAAUCAAACUGAUCCAGAACAUCACACUGGCCAGACAAUUUUACAAAAAAUUCCCAAUUUAGGCCUAGUUACUGAUGUCCUAUUGGACUAUAUGCACUUGAUAUGUCUGGGAGUUGUUAAAAAGUUAUUAGUUAACAUAUGGUGUUUUGGUCGACCUCCUCAUAAAUUACAAUCGAGAUCUGUUAAUAUAAUAUCUGAUGCAUUACUAAGCCUUAUUAAAUAUAUUCCUUACGAGUUUGCAAGAAAACCAAGGCCUAUUAAAGAAGCUAAACGGUACAAAGCUACAGAAUUAAGACAAUUUCUUUUAUAUACUGGAGUUAUUGUUUUAGAAAAUAAUUUAGAUAAAAAUAAGUAUGAACAUUUUUUAACUCUUCAUGUUGCUAUACGUAUUUUAUUGUCAGAUUUAUUAAUGAAAACAAUGACCGAUUACGCUGAAGAGCUAUUAAAACAUUUUAUUCUAUCAUCUAAAUUGAUUUAUGGUCCUCAAAUAUUAUCCCAUAAUUUUCACAACCUUUUACAUAUUACUGACGAUGCUAGAAAAUAUGGAAACUUAAAUUUAUUUAGUAACUUUUCUUCUGAAAAUUACCUUCAAAAAAUUAAAAAACUUUUAAGAACACAUAAUAAUGUUUUAUCUCAAAUAGUUCGACGUUUAUCAGAAGAAAGUACUUUACACACAUUACUAGAACAUAAAAUAAAAAAAGGUAGUUUUAAAUUCAAAAAAGAACACAGUGAUGGCAUUUUAAUAGAUGGUACUACUGAUCCUCAAUUUAAAGAAGUUAUUUUUUCCAAUUUUAAAUUAAGUAUCAAUUUACAGAAUUCUUGUUGUAAAUUAGAUUGUAAUUCGAUAAUUGAAAUUUCAAAUUUUGCUUACUGUAAGAAACUGGAUCAAGUUGUUGUUAUAGGUCGAAAAUAUAACAAUGUAAAUAACUUGUACACAAAACCUUUGAAUUCUUCAUUAAUUGGCAUUCAUCUUGUUGAUGGUUUAAGUGAAUGUUUUUCAUAUUGGCCAUUGCCAAACAUUCUUCAUAAAUUAAUUCGUUUACCUCACGCUAAAGGAUUUGUAGUAAUGCCACUACUUCAUACUGAAGAGUGA